AUGGGCACUUUGGCAGCUACGAAGCAAUUGAUUUCUCGAGUUUCACCGAAAACAUCUGCGCUGUUUGUGUGCGAUAUGCAAGAAGCAUUCAGAGUUCAUGAAUAUAAAUUUAAGGAAGUAACUGAGGUAUGCAAACGUCUUAUAAAAUGUGCAAGUCUGAUGGAUAUGAAAAUUCUUGCAACUGAACAGAAUCCACGAGGUUUGGGUCAUACAAUAAAAGAAUUAGAUUUGGCUGCAUACAAAAUACCAGUUUUUGAGAAAACUAAAUUUACGAUGUGUAUACCGCCGGUGGAGAAAUUUUUUGGCAGUCAGCUUGAAUCAGUUAUCCUGUGCGGCAUUGAGGGACAUGUCUGUGUGCUUCAGACUACGCUUGAUUUUCUAAAGAAAGGCAUACACGUCCAUGUUGUUGCUGAUGGGAUUACUUCACGUACACAAACAGACAGAUAUUUCGGUUUACGACAAAUGGAAAGAGCUGGAGCAGUUGUACGAUCUAGUGAAUCAGUUAUGUUUGAAUUACUUGGUGGUAGUGACCAUCCAAAAUUCAAAGAAGUUCAACAACUAGUGAAAAUUCCGUCACCAGAUACUGGUCUAUUGCCUCACUUUGUGUAA